AUGAACAAAAAGAAUGCAAACCAAAACGAGGUGAACGAUGAUGAGAAUGAUUCUUCUGCUACGCUGGUGCAAACUCCAAUAACAGGACAACACACAGCAGCUGCGGCGCACUUGGACCUCGGCAACAUCAUUGCUCAGAAUCCUGAUAUUAUGCGCCUCUUUCAGCCAUCAGCUUCAUCCUUGCAGUUUGGCGCUUACCUUACGGGUUUGCAGUCUCAAGGGAUCAAUCAGCAAAUGAGAGUGAAUUCUUUUCUUCCAAGUGUCAUCGCUGCUGCUCGGACACAACAAAUGCAUCAGCUUCAACAACUCUUAUCCCUCCCACCCACACAGAAUCCAACGACACCAUCGAAUAAUUUUUCGAUGGGGGUUGCUUCCAGACAGGCGCUGUGGCCAACAAGUGCAUUGGCUCAGGCGACCGAAGCACAACAUCUUCAAUAUCAACAGGGAAAUAAUUUAUUGGCUAGCCUUAGUGCAAACAUGGGUAAUGCAGUGGGGACUGCAACAUCCUUGUCUCGAGCGGUACCUGAUGUGGGCAACCUCCCACCCACCAAGAACGGUCAGAGUCCCAUAGUCAUGUACAUGGACUGUGACGACGAGAGUCUAUCUGAAUAUCAAUGCUUACUCCGAAAGCAAAUUGAACUCUUCGAAGCCAACUUUGACGAUGUUCAAUGGAAUGCUCAAGGUCGAAACAAAGCCAUUGAGCAAGGGCAGGUCGGGAUUAGAUGCCGGCACUGCACCCGCCUAGAAAGCUGGGAACGAGCCAGGGGUGCAGUUUACUACUCCGCCACAUUGGAUGGACUCUACCAAGCUGCACAGAACAUGGCAAAGAACCAUCUUUGCAAGCACUGCAAGCUGAUACCAUUGAACACGAAAAAUCAAUUAUUGCAAUUUCGGGAUUGCAAACGAAGAGCUUCAGGUGGAAAGACUUACUGGGCCGAAGGUGCUCGAGUACUUGGAGUGUAUGAAACUAGUACCGGGCUCAGAUUCAGAAACUCAGAAGUGAAACAACAAUAUCAGUGGACUGGUGGUAGUGAUACACAAGGACGAGGUACUGGUCCAUAG